UUUUGUAUCUUCUCUCUGCCUAUGUGGUCCAUCGCAACCCAGUGAAGCCCUCGAUCAGUCCAUAUAAGACAGAUCAAUUUUGCAGAUGGAAUAUAAUUGAAAAGAAGAGAUCUAGACGGGAAAGUGGAAACAAACAUGGAUUGGCAUCAUGGCACAAAACCAUUUGUUCCUCGGCCAGAGACCUUAAGCUUCUUCUACAACUAUGACAACAACAACUCAUAUCCAGGAGUGGAAGUGAAACAAGCGGCAUUGAUGGAGACAGGAGAAAGGUCGGUUCCGGCAAUGGACCGUGGAAACAAAGAGAAGAAGAAGCGGUUAACAAAUAACCAGAUAGAGUUAUUGGAGAGGAGUUUUCAGGAGGAGAUAAAGUUGGACCCUGAAAGGAAGAUGAAGCUUUCGAGGGAGCUAGGUCUGCAGCCUCGCCAAAUCGCUGUUUGGUUCCAAAAUAGACGUACAAGGUGGAAGGCCAAGCAGCUUGAGCACUUGUACGAUAUGCUUAAACACCAAUAUGAUGUCGUCUCCAACGAAAAGCAGAAGCUUCAAGAAGAGGUUAUUAAGUUGAAGGCAAUGCUAAGUAAACAGCAAGGUUAUUGGACGCAAAAAUUUGGAGGUUAUACAGAAAUAUCUGGGGAAGAAACAGUAGAAAGCACGUCAGAGGGUCUAAGGGGAAAGAGUAACAUUGAGCAUGUUGCAGAUCAAGGCUACUGUUCUUUCGCUGUGGAGGAUUAUAACACCACUGUUUCACUGCCUCACUGCCACUGGCCAGUUGUGCCUUAUUAGUUAUUAAUAUUAUCCCUGGUUAUGGUUAAUCUUCCACAAGUUAAUUUGAACUUGAACUCUAUGACUCAGAUUACUUAAUGUUAUAGUGUUCUAGCUUA